CUCCUUUCAAACUUGGAUCAUAAGUGCCUACCUAGAUCGGGGCGCUCGUCUGCUGCUGUAUUUUCUAUUUUUUCCUGUUUUCUGACAAAGAUUGAAGAUGUCAUCUUCAUUAGUGCGGAAAGGACUUGAAUUGUUCGCAGAUGAAUCGGUGUCGGGUCUGGAGAACACCGCAUCUCGUAAAAGGAAGAAAGGACCUUCAUCUGUUAGGAGAGAGGACAUGAUGAAAAGGAUCAACACAAACAAAAGAGGAGUCAAGAAACAACUCAAUAAGAUCAGACACAAAGAGAUGAGAAAACCAUCGGCAAAGGAAGGAAAAAUCAAGUCAUCCAUUGAUGCAUAUAAGAAGAGCCAACCUUCUGAUAAUACAGAGGCCAAUCUGGAGCUACUAUUAGGAUUGAGUCGAAGUAAUCCAGACACAUCGUCGGGACUCUACACAAAGAUUCUGAAGCACUCAAGAGGAAAGUUAUCUAAGGACCGGGAAGCUGAGGAAGAACCAACAGAAAAGGAGGGUGGAUUCACUGACGAGGACUUUGAAUUGUUUGCCAAGGAAUAUGUGCCGAUGAAGAAGGGAGCUGUGUUAUGAUAAUGGAUGUUUCUACCAGAUGUUUAGAUUUAGACCUUGUGACUCAAAGACCAUGGUGAUAAACUUUGGAAUGUGGCACUGUCAAGGGCCUCUCAAGCAUUGGCUUUCAUGGAGACCAAGACCAGUCGUUCAUCACGUGGAGUGGAAUAGAGUGUUUAUGACCAAGAGUUUGUUAUGUAAUGCAGUGUAUAUUCCACACACAUCAUGGUUAAACUUACAAUGGUUAACUUACAAUGCGUGAAGCAGGAUAGGAAUGUCUGUGCUGGGAUAGUUUGGUUGGCUGAUCUCUGAAGAUACAGCCAUGUUACAGGUACAUCUAGUAUAUUUACCCAAAUUUUGUAGCCAAUAAAUCAUUACCCACCUCCUGUGAGAGCUCAGGACCCCACUUUCCCUCAGACUCGUAGUGGAGAAAUGUUAUUGACAUGUUUGACUGGUGUAAUUGAGAAGAUGUAAAGGCAAGGUUUCUCUCCUCGUAGCCUGUAUCGAGAAUUGAAUAGAUUGCACUUCAUUGCACACGACUUCAGGUGUGCUGUUAUUACUUAUGCUACCCAGUCUUGGAGGUCGUGACUUGGCAAGUUGAAGUCUAAGUGCACCCAGUCUGGUUAGAGCUGAUAGUACUAAUUUGUGAAAUCCUCUACAUGAAGAUUUGUUGAGUGCCGCUGGAGGAUCAUGAGGAAGGCUGGAACCUAAGUGUUCAAUAUUGCCUACAACUGUCCCAAUAUGAUGGUAUUGAAAUUUCAUCAUUAAUUUAGUAGAAUGAUUAUAUGCAAGCAAAUAAAAGAGUAAAAGCA